AUAAUAAAAGUCAGACCUAACCUCAAUUCAUUUACCCAAAUCUCAAUUUAAUUUCACUACAAAUUUGAAUAAAAACAAAAAAAUCCAGAAGCAUGGCCCAGAAACCGACGCGUGAUAUUUUUGGAAUUAUUUUCAAAAACUUUUGGAAAUCAUUGCGACCGCGCCAGUUACGCGGCAACUACAUUGGCGAAGAUUAUUUCGGCAACAAAUACUUUGAGAUCCCGGCAAACCCGUCCAUUGGCAAGCGCAAAUCCUCACGUUGGUUCGAGCCGGCAGAAAAGGAUGCCUUCGAUCAAGAACUAACCGCCGAGUGGGAGGCCUGGCUAAGGGGACGUCGUGAGGAGCCACCAACCCGUGAGGAGCUGGUGAAAAAUCUCCAAAUUAUGGACAUGAAAAAGCGAAAUGCUGCCGAGCUGGAGGCCACCUAUGCAAAGGAUAAGGAUGACAAGGCCAUGCCCAAGCAAGUGGAGGGCCCAACCAUCGGCACAUUUCCCAAAUACAAAGAUUACGAGUUCAUACCGGGAACGAGAUCCGCCAGAAAAGAAGUAGGGAUAUUUUAAAUGAAUUUGUAAUGUGUAAAUAUAUUAAUUAUGUAGCUUA